ACGUCAGCAGUAGAAACCUCACUCUCACAGCACUUUCUCUUCCUGCUUACAACUUUGUUGCAUGCACAUGACACUUUAUGAGGGUGAGUAGCUCGCGCUUUACAAACAACCAGACGUAGGCUACGACCAAAUAUCAUCAUCAUCAUCUCUCGCUUCGCUUCACGAGUCGCGUGUUUAUUCCGCGCUUUUAGAUGAACAGAACGCACUCGUGAACUUCUCUGGACAGAGCGAUGUCCGUGUUUCACCUGAACGCGCGCUCGCUGUGAAAGUGCCCGGAUUAUGUCCACACCAGACCUGUGACAGCAGCGUAUGAUCCACAGCUUUCCAUUUCCAGGGUGCUUCGGCUGUGAAAAUGAGACUCCGGUUGUUGAAGAAGAACUUUAUUGCGUUCCUCGUCAUUGUGAUUGUGUUUGUAGUGUUGUUUUACUCCAUAAGACGGACUAAAACUGAAGCAGACGUGGAGAUGACAGAGAAAGAGGUCUCACAGACUGCUAUAAUGGUUAAAUUUGACUACGGGACCAUUGAGAACAUGAGGAAGUCUGUCUAUGACAGCAACUACCGGCAGUUCAUUCAGAACGGAGACAAGUUUCCAUUGGAUCCCGAUGGGGUUGUCGUCGUGCAAGUCCACAAUCGUCCGGCGUACCUCAAAAUGCUCAUACAGUCCUUAGAAAAAGUCACUGGGAUACAAAACACACUCGUGAUAUUCAGCCACGACUAUUUCUCCGAGGAAAUCUCUGAUAUAGUCAAAGGAAUCGGCUUCUGCAGGGUCCUCCAGAUUUAUUUCCCCUACAGCAUACAGCUGUAUCCCAACGAAUUCCCAGGACAGGGUCCUCAAGAUUGUCCGAGAGACAUAUCGAAGGAGGACGCCGUUAAAAAGGGCUGUUUGAACGCGGAGCACCCGGAUUCGUACGGACACUACAGGGAAGCGUCCAUCACCCAAACCAAACACCACUGGUGGUGGAAGCUGCAUUUCGUGUUCGAGCGAGUGCGGGUUCUUCGGGGAUACAACGGAUUUGUCGUCUUCAUCGAGGAAGACAACUACCUUCUCCCAGAUUUCCACCAAUACUUAAAAUCCGUGAUCGAGCUCAGGAAAGCCAAAUGCGGGGAUUGCGACAUCCUCGCCGUAGGCAACCAUGACGGUUUAUCAGGCUUCCACGAGCUUUCCAGCAAAACUGAGACGGCGGGAUGGCUGUCCACCAAGCAUAACAUAGGAAUGGGCAUCUCCAGAGAGCUCUACUACAAACUGAUGGGAUGCAAUCAUGCAUUCUGCACCUAUGAUGAUUAUAACUGGGACUGGACCCUGCAGAACUUGUCUGGUACGUGCAUCUCGAAACCUCUCAAGGUUCUGGUGGCUCGUGGAAGCCGGGUUCUUCACACCGGAGACUGCGGCCUGCAUCAGAAGGAGGAUUGCCGGCCGGAAAAGGCUCAGGAGAGGGUGGAUGCGGCGCUUAAAGAGGCACAAUCGGCUCUUUUCCCACCGGUUUUGACCUUGACCGACCUCGGGCCGGUGGAGCAUCAGCCUCACAUGAAGAACGGAGGAUGGGGGGACGUUCGCGACCACACGCUGUGCAUCAACUACGCAGCUCGACUCUGAGCUGGACGCUUUCACUCAUGACCGAUUUAAGUGCCAUUCACAAUAUCAGGGUUACGUGUUGCAGGUUAAAGGUUUUGCUUUCACCAAAAAUAGGAAAAUGUGAGCUAUAAUGGUGUGAAUAUUGUGCUGAACGUGGAUGAAU